UCGAGGUUCUUCAACGUACCGCUACCAGUGCAUUCGAGUCUCGGAAAUCUACCAACGCAAGACCUUUUUCUCUUGAGAGAAAAGAAGAGGAUCCCCCAAAGGCUUAAAACCCAUGGCCGUUCUGGUCUACCACAUCUUCGCCUUCUUCUCCCUGUCCUCCUACGGCCUCUACCACCUCAUCUCCGCCACACGGGCCCACCUCAAACACCCUUCCCCUCCCUCCUCCUCCUCCUCCUCCUCAGCCCCCCGCGGCGCCGGCGACCACUUCGCCCAUCCUUACUACCCCCUGCCCCUCCCCCCACACCGCCACCAUCUUCUCCGCCACCUCCCCCUCUACCUUGCCGCCAUCUCUCUCCUCAUUGCCAUCGCCCACUACGCCUUCUUAUCCCCCGCCGCGGCCGACGGUCGCUCCCCCGUCCACCGCCUCGCCACCCUCCAGUCCGCCGCCGCACUUCUCCUCUUCCUCCUCCUCGCCGCCGCCGCCCUCCUCCUUCCGCACCCCCUCCCUCCCGACCUCCUCUUCCUCCUUGCUUCCCUCGCCUUUGCCCUCCUCACCGCAGCUUCUGCCCAUUCGGCCGCUGCCUACCAGACCAUCGACCUCCAGGCCAAGUGCGACUCCCUCUCCGCAGCCGCCUCCGCCGCCUCCGCCGCCGCCUGCCUUGCCCUAGCCCUCAACCCGGGCCUCUUCCCCGCGGAGCUUGCCCUCGCUGGCUCCAUCGUCCUCCAGGGUCUCUGGUCCCUCCAGUCCGGGCUCUCCCUCUACGUGGACGCCUUCAUCCCCGACGGCUGCCACCGCCUUCUCGACGUCCCCGCCGGCUCCGCCACCCGCUGCGAUCUCGAGGACUCCCGGCUCCGCGCCGCCGCCAUCCUCGACCUCGCCUUCGUACUCCACGCCACCCUCGUAGCCGCCGUCGCUGUGCUCGUCUACGCGGCCGUCUCCAGGGCCUCCGUCGCCGGAGGGGGCCUCGGCAGGAGGCACAAUGGCGGUUCCUACGAGGCCUUGCCUACCUCCUCCACGGGGGCGCUUGGCGAUCUGGACCUCGUCCAGAUGAAGCAGCUCGCCAAGAACUCGACGCAGGCCUGAUGAAAAAGGAGACGAAACUCAAUCUGUGAGGACUACACCCUACUGUGGAGGUGAAUUUUGGAAAGACUUGGCUCCUUUCGAUAGGAUGUUGGGAAAAGACUUGGUAUUGGGAUUGUGUCCUAGGUUUAAAGAGGUAGGUGGAACACUCAUCAAGUCGGGAUAUUAUAUGCCCUCACUCUGUGGUUGAAAAUUUAAAAGGGCCAUUGUACUGCUAGAUAGUGUUUUAAGGUGCAGCAGCGUAGAGGGUGAUAUUUUGCAUUAUUUUGUGGUGUCUUGGCUCCCUCAAUUUUUUUCUUUUCUGCAGCUUUCACAUUUGUUUGUGUGUUGGAGUUGGCUUUUUUUAGGUUAUUUCAACAAGAAGGGGAUGAGUUUGUUUGUUCUACUCUAUUUCACAUUUGUUUGUGCGCGCCCGCCUGCCCGCACGCGCACACACACAGAGACACAGACACACACGCAUGCACAGACCAUGCACCCGCAUGCAUGCGCACACACGAGAGAGAGAGAGAGAGAGAGAGAGAGAGAGAUCUGGUUCUCUUAUAAGAUCCUAGUUUUUUCAUGGCUUUUUUUUCUUGAGAAAAUGCUGAUUGCUAUGAAGUUCUAAUAUCAAUUUUUCAUCUCGCCAAGCAGGUGAAUGUUGCCCUGUUUGCAAAUAAUUUGAUUAUUUUUUGUGUGACAGGGUAGUGGGUCGUGAGAUGUGCCGAGUAUCAUGUACUCUUCUUUUACUCUGUUUCUUCUCUUUGUACUGCAGCAAUUACUUGUUAUAAUAUUUGAUCCUCCACAAUUUGAUUGGUGUUUGUGUUACUGUGCAUAUAUACUGCUGAUAUGAGACUAAGUGGCUGUGAGCUGUGCAGCCAGUGUGAUCCAUUUUGUUGUAAGGUCCGGAAGCAACACCAGGCUGGUUAAUUUCAAUAAUGUGCCUGAAGGGGACUUGGAUUACUGCAUAAGUUCACGGCAGUAAUUGGGAGAAGUGUUUUAAGUCGGCUUUUCUGUUAUGCUGUCAAGCAACACCAUGCAGGGCAAAGAACACGGAACCAGUGUAGGUUCCAGUUGCCAUCGUUGCAGUUUACUGAACUUAAGUUACCAUGUUAGUGUGCUGCACUACUCAGGGGGAAAGGCAAAACAUUAUAGCACUCAACGUCAGCAGGUUCUAAUAGGACUGGAGUGCUUCGGAGGGUGGUGAACUUAUGUUCCUUCCCAAUAACAUCACUGCAUGCUUUUU